UGCAUCUCACCUGUGCUCUGCCUGAGUCUCCAUGUCAACCUUCAUCUUAGGCAGCCUUCUGGAUUGAGAGUCAAUGCAUGGCUGAUGACUGCAAUUUAUCCCUCAGAAUUGAUGGUUGAAGAUUCUGUGAGUUCUUUCAUUCUGGACCUGGUGAUGUACUUCUCAUUAACAGCCCUAUUUGAUUUCACUGUGGUAAAGAAGCCUCAAGACUUGACUCUGCUCCAUCUUGAGCCAACCUCAACAAGAAUGUUUACUCUGAUGUUGUGAAAUAACUCCUGAGAUACGUCCCAUUGUUUUGGUAUCAGUGUUUGGGGAUCAGACUGUCCCCUUUAUACCAGUGGAUGGACACUUAAGACUCUGGACUCCUCUAAGAGCUUUUGGAUAAUGUUUGGCCCUGGGCAAUUGGUCUCCACUCUUCUACCUGCCGUCUUCCACUCGUCUGCAGCACACUUCUUCCCUGUGUUCCCCACCAGACUGGGCUCCCCUCCACAGCUCCUGAUCCCUGGGCCCCUGAUCAGCUAUGAGUCCCUGCGGAGUUACUUGCAACCAGAGCCCUGCAAGGAGGCUCUGUUCCUGGCCACACAGGCAGCUGGGAUGGGGCAGUUCACAGACAGCAUGGAUGAACAGAGGCCAGUGAAGCAGCGUCGUGCGCGGGCCAACUACAGCAGCUGGCAGCUGGAGGAGCUGGAGAAGACCUUUGAGACCACCCACUACCCUGACGUCUUCAUGAGGGAAGCCCUAGCCCUCAGACUGGACCUCAUCGAGGCCAGAGUGCAGGUGUGGUUUCAGAACCGCCGUGCUAAGAUGCGGAGACAGCUGAAGUUGCAGGGCCAGCUAGGAGAGCCAUUUCCCAGGAAGGACAAUGCUGAGGACACAACAACAGACAAACCCAACAAGAGCUUACCAGAGCUAGAGAGCUCUGACGGCGAGCACUGGGAGAGGAGGCAGGAGAAAGGAAACUAUCCCUGGAAUAAACUACCUCGUUCUGCUGUUGUGACCACCCCCAUACAGAGUACGAUUCAGGGGCCAGCAGGAGAAUGGGAGGGGAUGGAGGGGCCCAGUCCAGAAGAGUUCCGCUCCUGUAGCAUUGCCAAGCUGCGGGCCAAGGCCAGGGAGCACGAGGCUGAGAUCCACAGCACUGUGACCAGGUCAGGAGGAGGAGAGACAGCGGCACUGCAGACACAAACACAGAACACUGACGACGGAGAGAGCAACUGAUAUGGUUAUUUCUCUCUGCAUGGCUUUUGCAAACAGGUCCCUAAGACCUCAUCAUGGUUGAGGCAACUUGCCUAAAUACCCCAUCCUGGGUUUUAUUCUGUUAUUCAAUAAGGAUUUAAACUAAGAUUUACAAAAGGUGCUAAUUUUUUGUUUAAUAUUAUUUAAAUCUAUUAAGUGUUUUGAAAUGCCAUUAUUUGUCUGUACUGGACAUCCUUUUCUAUUAACAAUCACGCUAAAUGUGUAUUUGAAAUGCUCAGACUAGCAAGAGGUGAAUGCUUUCCAAAAUAUAUAGUAUAUCCAUAGCAACAUCUUGACAUAUUAUCCUUCAUGUUUCUUUACAAUUUGGCUGAAUGAUUUCAGUUCUAUCUUGAACUCCUGUGGGAAGCAGUGUUACUUAAAAAAAACACAUAAAACAAAGAUUACAUUGUUAUCUUUUUACAUUCCCUACUG